AGGAGGAAGAGAAGGAGAGGGAGAGGGAGAGGGAAAAGGAAACGAACACCUUUGAUGACGAUGACGACUUCAAAGACGUUAAUCUCACAGCCGAGCAAAUCGAGGAGUUGCUGGCCGACGAGCCUAAAGCGGAAGAGGAGAAGGCGCCAGCCGAGGAGGAGCCCGCGGCUGACAGCGCCUUCAGCUUCUGGGGGACCGCCAAGAAGUCGACAUCCAAGAAGUCCAAGCUCAGCUCGUGGCUUCCGGACGCUACGGAAGCCCCUCCUCCCAAGGCAGCAGCCCCGGAGAGUGCACCUGCUGAGUCAUCUCCGCUUUGGGAAGCUGUUGCUGCCCGCGCAUUUGGUGAGGUCGCCACCUCGGCGUGGCAAGACAUCCCAGCGGCCACCGAAUCGGCCAAGUCGAUGAAAUCCAAGAAGGCUGUCGGCGGCAAGAUCGCAGAUCGCCUACGUGCCUUCCAGGUGGUUGACGACGAAGACCAGGACGACGCGCCAAUCGAGCAGCCGCUGCCUCCGCCUCCGCCUCCGCCGCCUCCCGCAGCGCCCAUCCCCGUCGCGGCGCGAAAGGAGGAGAAGAAGAGCAGUUCAAAGAAGAGCAAGAGCAAGAACAAGGAAGCUGUUGUUGACGUCGACGCCUUCGCACCUCUUCCGCCUCCUCCACCGCCCGUUGCGCCCUUCAAUGGCCCUGGCAGCUUUCCGGUCAGCGACGAGGAGCGUCAGUACCACCACCAUAGCGACAGGGGUGGCGACGAUGACAUUGUCGAGGUCAUCGAUCUGACACCCGCAAAGAAGAGCAGCAAGAAGUCUAAGAAAGCGCGGGCGUCUCCCGAGAUCGUCGAUGUUCCACCGCCUCCCCCGGCUGUCCCUGUCCCCCCGCCCGCGGUCCCGGACGCGCCACCGAUGAUGUCUCCAGCCGGUUUCCGUUCAUCCAGGAGAGAGCGUCCCAAGGUCAACCGCGAGGGCGCAGCAUCCUGGGGCACGUGGACAGCGACGCCAACCAAAGAACCAAAGGAGUGGAAGGAGCCAAGGGAGUUGAAACAACCAAGGGAGUCGAAUGAACCAAAGGAGUUGAAGAAGUCCGCGUCUAGGUCCAAGCCAGAAAGGGAGGCCAGCGCCCGGAAGAAACCUGCCUCGACGGAGGAUCCCGAGAGAGUUGAAAAGCCGUCUUCAAGAGGUUCGGGCUCAGACAAGGCGGAGAGGCCGAGGCCAAAGGACACGGCCGCCCGCCUCCAAAGCGUCUUCGCGAGCACGCCGCCUCUUUCCCGCUCCAUGUCUACGCGCGAGAAGCGCCAUGGUGGUAGUGGGAAGUCAAGCUCACGCAGGCACUCCGCCGACAUGGACGGCGGCCUUAUGAGCCCUCCGCCCGAGGACAUGGCAGCCAAGGCAGCCAAGGUUCUCGGCGUCGGCGCUGCUUUUGGUCUCGCGACAUCUUUCAACAGACGCAGCAGAAACGCCUCCGUGGACGACGAGGAUAUUGUAAUGGUUGGCGCUGACGAUGGCAUCCCGAGCCGCGACAAAAUGGAGCGACCACGAAGAUCAAGGCAAUACUCACGAGAUGACGAUAUCGUCAUGGUCGACGUGGCCGAUGCAACCCCAUCGCGUAACCCCCUGAAACGCUCCGGCUCAGCUGCGAAAAAGACAGGGCUCUCCUCUUUGUUCGGCGGCGUCUUCAACGCUUCCAAAGCAGACCCGCGUUUGGAACAACGCCCAGAGCGGCCAGAGCCGCGCCAUCGCGCCACUUAUCCCACAUCGCCAGAUCAUGAGGCGGGGAGGCGAGGUGAGGAGGCGGAUGCCGAGCGAGAAGCGCGCCGCGCCGCCCGCCGUGCGCGCCGUGCCGAGAAAGAGGCUGCAGAGCGAGCUACGGCAGAGUCGGCUGCCGAGGAGGCCCGCCGCGCCAAGGAUGAGGCUCGUCGCGAGCGGCGUCGGAGACAGGAGGAGGAAGACGAAGCACGUCGUCAGGAAGAAAAGGAGGCCCGUCGCGCCGAGAGACGGGCUCAGCGCGCCCGUGAACAGUCCGAGCGUCACAGUGGUGAUGCGAAGGAAGCCGAGCGAGCCGAGCGGAGGAGACGGCAUGCCGAGGUGGAUGCGGCCGAGGUCGAAGCAGAAGCCCGACGCGCGGCCAGGCAUCACGAACGCCGCCGCGGCCAUCAGUCCGGAGACUCCGGUCGCGAAGACGAAGAGGAGCGUCGCCGCCGCCGAGAAGCCCGACGCGCCAUGAAGGAAGGGCGGGAACGAGAGGAAAGGGCCUCCCGGCGUAGGCCCGAGGCGGUCGACGACUACGUCUAUGGGCGGGCAUCACGCGAGAACACGGGUGGCUCCUGGCCGCACUCGGGAACGUCGUCAUGGGUGAAGGAACACGCAGACGCGCCCCCACCGCCCGCGGAUCAUGGCGCGCACAUGGCCGAACCCCCGCCAAUCGAGACGGGUCCGGCUGCCGACGACGACGACGAAGAGGCACGUCGCGAGGCCCGGCGCGCAGCCAGGCGGCAGGCCAAGUAUGCAGAAGCAGCCGGUAUGACGCCGGAAGAAUAUGACGAGGAGCGACGCCGGAGAAGGCGCCGCGAGGAGAGGGAGCGCAUGAGGGAGCGGGACAAGUACCGCGACAAGGAGAGGGAUAGAGACAGGGAACGGCGGGCCGCCGGUUCCGAUGGGAGCGAUGGUCGGCGUGUCGACAGCCGGCGCAAUUCGGCCAUGUUUAUGGACACUACUACCCCGCGGAGCUCAUGGUGGAAGCGGCUGACGGGAGGUGGAUGAUUGAUGACGGUGAUGGAUUCGACGAUGUGAUGAGUUGACGAUUGCGAUGACAAUGACGUUGGACAACUGUGUUAGGGGGUACGAAGGAGUUGGAUGUCGAGGUUUCCUAUCUCGUCGUUGAUUUUGUUCGCAUAUAUGUAGAUGCAUGGAGCGUUUGUCUGUCUAUGAUAUUCCGAUAUUAUAUACUAUCAUAUCUCGCACGCAAUGCCGCCCAGUCAGCCGGCAUAAUCUCUGCUCAGUCAGGCAUUGCUGACCUGCCCAUUCACGUCAUCGACGGAGGCCCGCGAUAUAGCACA